AUGGCGUCCGCCGUUCUCCCAGUCUGUGCGACCCCAUACCGGGCCUCUUACUCCCAUCGGUAUCCUUCCAACCUGAUGGACAUGGGCGUUGAAAUGGAUUCGUAUGGAUCCUACCAACGCUUCCACUCUCCCUCUCCCAGUCGGCGGUCCUUGAACCGUCAGCGCUCUACGUCUUUCCCCUCCGUCUACUAUUCGGGCUCUCCGGAGCAUCACCCCGUCGAGCCUCGACGGAAGAAGGAGAGUAGUUCUCGGCGCCGUCGUCAUGGCAGCCCGUCGAACCCUCAGCCAGCCAGAUACUCGAGGAACUCGAUGCUGGUCAAUCCAGACGUCAUUGAUCGUCUGGACAGCGCGAGUCUCUGCCAGUACCAUCACGAGGGGCCCUACGAUGCUGUCUAUGCGGAGAGGAACUACCACACCAAGCAGAGCCCCGUCGAGGCAGUCAAAGAUUCAACUGCGGAGACCUUGAAGGCGACUCCGAAAGAUAAAAUUAGGGACUGCAUCGAUAGUCACCGUCCUCUGGACGGAGUGGCUUAUUACCCUCCAGGUCACACAGACAUGGAGGGCCGCACCUACGAAUACGAGGAGGGGCCGAACAUGAUGAACGACUAUGGAAACUUUAUGCGUUGUCCCGGUCAAAAAUUCACCGAUGAGGAUUUCAAAAAGGACCCCUUUUACAAUGCACCCCACCCCAAGCCAUUCGCCUCGCUCCGGAAAGCGCUCAGUAUCCGUCGUCGCAAGCGCAGCGGAACUUCUUAAACCAGUUCAUUUGGACUUGUGGUAUACGGCCGCACUACAACAUGCAUUUGCGGUUGGUUCGUCUAUAAGACCGCGUCUCCCUGAUGGAGCAGCGAGAGUUGGUGUUGGGUUUUGAUGAUUUUUGGAGCGUAUUUUUCCAUAUGUAUUUUAUUUUACCAUGAUUCCCCUGCUACACCGGUCAUGACCUCGGUGAUUACGGUAUGACAUGAUGUGUCACGCUCGGAGUUGAAGCCUGG